UUUCGGAGACCCCCCCCCCACCCCCCAGCUGCCUUACCGCUGUCGUGCGGCUCGGGGCUCGGCCGGGGCUGGGGACAGGUGGUGGCGGUGGCGGCGGCCGUCGGAGCCGGUGCGGGCGCAGACCGCGGCAGCCUCCCUCGGGGGCGCGGGGGGAGACCGGCGGCUCCUCUCUGCCGCUGCCCGGAGUCUGCGACUUAAAUAGAGGCUGUGUUUUGUCAACAGCUCAUUCUACUGGCUGGCAGGUUGGCUGGCUCAAGGACUGAGCAGCGGAACUGACCAGCUUGUUGGAAGAUGACGUUUACUCCCGCUUAAAGCUGCUAUUCUUAAAACAAACAGUAGAAGAAUGUGGGAGAACUCAAGCCUCCGCUGCCUUUUAGCACUAGCUAUUUUGUGCUUAAGAAGCUUAGUAUAUAGCCAAGAGAUAGGCUCUCUAGGGGACCCCCAGAAUUUGAAAUGUGUAACGCACAAUUUACACAAAAUGCUCUGUACAUGGGAUGUCUCUUCUAGAGGAAGACGUGGACAAACUGACUUUUGCUAUGCUACCAACGACCUUACCCCUCAAGUGUGUUUUAAAACUAAGGAGAGAAGGGUUGAGAUUCCAGUCCCAGAGAGCUCCAUCACAGUGACAAUCAAAAGCCCUGGAACUGCUUUUGCCACCAAAGAAUUUGUAAUUCACCAGAAAGACAUCUCCUUUGUUCCUGCCACUCCACACAUUCUUAGUUUAACGCCUGACUUUCCAACUUCCACAUUAAAUCUGAAGUGGAGUGAUAAUGGAUUGGUCUUCCCAUAUGGACUGGAUGCCCUUUGGCAGAUUCAGAUACUUCGAAAAGAAGCAAUGGAAGAAGUUACACAAGUUACUUACUACUCAAAACUGACUCAUGAAGACAUCAUUCUUUCUUGGAACUGGACAUCAGAUAUGCCUUUGGAGUGUACUUCACACUAUGUGAAGAUUCGCUGUUACAUUAAUGCAACACAGUUUGUUGGCCCCAAGGAUUGGAGUGACUGGAGCCCAGCAGAAGUGAUCCCUGGAAAAGAUACUGAGCCCGGUGGGAGUGGAGUGUUUCCUCUGGACACUGUGGUGGCAGUAGGUUCAGAUGUGACAUUUUGUUGUGUCCAUGAAGAAGAUCAGCGCAUAACAAAUAUGACUUACGGAUCAAAAUCCUACACAAUGAUGCAACUGAGCAGUCGAAGCCAUGCCAUCAGAGUGCUAAAUGCCAGUGCUUCUAAUAGCAGCGGGACAAAUGUAGUGUGCAGACUCGAAAAUGGGAUGGAUGGAUCUGUCGUUUUUGUUGGAUAUGCUCCUGAUAUUCCCCAAAACCUCAGCUGUGAAACAUCCAACUUUCUGAUAAUAAAAUGCACCUGGAAACCAGGCAGGCCCAGUGGACUAUAUGGAGAACGAAAAACAAAGUACAGUUUGUUUGAAAGAAUAUCUAGUAAAAAUGUUUCAUGCGAAGUCAAUGAAAUGAACAGAGACCGUGUCUGUGGCUUUCCAGUACUGCCUGAUCAAAAAACCUAUGAUUUCAUAUUAGAUGUCUCCAAUCCUAUUGGGCAAGCACAGUCAUCUCUUUUGGUUGAUAUAACUCAAAGAGUUCAUCCAAAACCCCCAGAAAAGUUAACUGUUAUUGGAAACAACUCUACAGGCAUCCAACUGCGUUGGUUUAUAAAUGGCAGCUUUGCUGGGAUCAGGCUUCUGUGUCAAAUUGAAACUACCAGUGGUCACUCUGAGAAAAAACUGCAAAAUGUCUCCAUGCCUGGUGGGAAAUCCUCAAGUUACACAGCUCAGCUGAAUGAGUUGUACCCAAACACCAAUUACCAGUUCAGGGUGCGCUGCUCAGCUGCUGACCACUUCUGGAGGUGGAGUGACUGGAGCAGGGGAGUGGACCAGACAACAUCAGAAGCCCCUCCUUCAAGAGGACCAGAUAUCUGGCGAGAGAGAAGUCCUUCUGGAGAAAGCCUAAAAGUCUUCUGGAAGCCCUUAUCCCUUUCUGAAGCCAAUGGAAAAAUAGUGUCUCAUGAAGUGUCCUGCUUCCUGCUAGAGACACUACUGGAGCAUAAAGUAGUCACUGAACCCUCAAACAGUACCGAGAUAAAACUUGGAAAAAGUGAUUGUAUAAUUAGUGUUGUAGCCAAAAACCAUGCAGGCUCAUCUCCCCCCUCAAGGAUAACAAGCGUGGAACUUCCAAGUGACAAUGUCACAACAGAUCAGGCCGUGGCAAUGGGGAAUGGAAUUAAUAUUUCUUGGGAUUCUUACCCAGACAUGACCUGUGGCUACACAGUAAAAUGGUGUCGUUCAUCUGGGUCUGAACCAUGUAUUGUGGACUGGCAGAAAUUUCCUUCAAAUACAACAAAUGCAGUGAUAAAAUCUGCUCUGUUCAAACCUGGCGUGCGAUACAACUUUUCACUGUAUGGCUGCAAAUCCACUGGAUAUCAGUUGUUGAAAAACAUAACUGGGUAUAUGAAAGAGCUGCCUCCAAAAACUGCACCAAAUUUUAUUGUUGAAGAAACUUCUUCAGAUUCUAUAUUGGUAAAAUGGGAAGACAUUCCUGUUGAAGAAUGCCGAGGCUUUUUAAAAGGAUAUCUUCUUUCCUUUGCAAAAGGUGAAAAAGAUGCUUUAAAGCCCAGACUUUCAGAAUCAGGGAAUCCAGAACUUAAAGUUAACAAUAUCACUGACUUAACAAAGAAGUCUAUGAAAAUACUUGAUCUUCAAGGCAAAACAAGUUACCAGCUGGAACUACAAGCCUACACAGCUGGUGGGUUGAGCCCUCCAAACAGCCUCUAUGUGGUGACAAAGGAGGACUCUGUAGGAUUAAUCAUUGCAAUUCUCAUCCCCGUGGCUGUGGUGGUGCUGCUUGGAGUGUUGGCCAGCAUCUUCUGCUACCGAAAGAGGGAAUGGAUUAAAGAAACAUUUUAUCCAGAAAUCCCGAAUCCUGAGAACAGUAAGGCACUGCAGUUUCAGAGGAACAUCUGUGAGGGGAAUAAGACACUUAAAACACUGGAAAUGAACCCAUGCACCCCCAACAGUGUUGAAGUGGUGGAAACACAGUCUACAGCUCCAAAGAUUGAAGACACAGAGAUGAUGUCCCCAGCAGCAGAGACCACUGUGCCUGAAGAUGGCUCUGACUCAGAAAUGGAGAACCAUGUUGUUGUGUCCUACUGCCCCCCUAUCAUUGAAGAGGAGAUCUCAAAUCCCCCUAUGGAUGGACCUGGGGGGUCAUCUCAGGUGGUUUACAUUGACAUCCAGUCAAUGUAUCAGCCUCAAAUUAAACCAGAGGAGGAGCCAGAUAUAGACUUAGUGACUACAGCAGGCUAUAAGCCACAAAUGCAGCUGUCUAUCAGUGCUCUGAAAAUGGAGGGUCGUUCACCUGUGGAGGAAGAAUUGGAUAAAACCACAGGUUACAGACCUCAAGCAAACACAAGCACCUGGAACAUGGGCACUCCAGACUCUCCUGGAUCAGUUGAAAGCAACAAUGAAAAUGCAUCUUUUGGGAGCCCAUGUUCAAUUAAUUCCCGACAGUUUCUCCUUCCCCCAAAAGAUGAUGAAGACUCUCCUAAACCCAUUAACACAGGGUGGUCCUUCACACACUUUUUUCAGAACAAACCAAAUGAUUAACAGUGAGUCCUCACUGAAUGUGAACUUGCCUUCUGAAUAAGCUUUUAUUCCUGAUGUUGUAAAGAAAGGAAGAAGAAAAGUGCAAAAGGCAUGAAUUAUUCUUGGAGACAGUCAGCAGAAGUUCUAGUGAGCUGAAUGUUACCAUGUUUAAGAUAGUCGAAGUGUUAAUAUUCCAUUGUAAUAGAGGCCGAGAGGCCAAAAUUAUAGCAAUUUAGUUAUUACUCUAGUAAAAUAUACUGGAUGUAAGGGGUACUGAAGUUAAAGCCCCUGAUAAUUAUAGUCAAAGAACUCUGCCUACCUUCACAUAGUGCUCCAAGAUUAACAUGGUCUCAUGCAAUUUAUAACUUGGAAAGGUUGCUUUGCUUUGUUGUAGCUGUUCUCAACUGUGCAGACUCAAAUGAUGCAGCACCAACAGGUUUCCUUACUGAAGGCUUAAUUUAUCACAAACCUCAGCCUAGGACACGGAAACAAUAUGGUUGGAAACUGUUGAGAUCUUUUGCCUAGUUAUAAACUAAGAACAAAUGAGAAUGCUAUUUUUUUUCUUCUCCUGUAUGGAAGGUUAUUGUCACUGUUUAACACUUACAAAGCAAUGGCCAUUCAAAUCUGUUGCUUUUUAACUAGACACUAAUUUCUGUACCUACUGUACAAUGUUUAUUAAAUGUUUGACUCAGGGGUACAAACUUGGGGGAAAAAAGUGUAACACUGACUUAAACCUCAACAAGAACUGCAUAAAGUUUAAAAUUUCCUUUUUUUAAAAAAAACUUAGAAUGCUCUAUAUUUUUUCUAUCCUUUGGUUAAGGAUUUAAUCUUUCCUAAUGUAUUGCACUAAUGCAUUUUGUAUUUCAUAGCUGCUGGUCUGGAUCUCCUGCUUCGAAGUGGUACAGUAGUCCAUUCAUCCUCAGAGUUCAGCAGUCUUUGCACUAUGCAGUAAUGUAAGCCACGGGGAAAUCUCUGUCUACUCACCUUAGCUGCCAUUAGAAGCAGUUUGGCACAUGAAAUUGGAGGUAGUAGGACUAGCUCCUUGAUAAAAAAUUGCUCUUCGGAUGGUCUUUAUUGUAUUAACUUUGUAUUACCUGCUGCCUGGCUGAUCUUAGGUGUCAACAGGACCUUCUGCACAAAUCCUGCCUGGGAGUACAAGGUAGGAUUUCUCUAGUGGCAGAGAGAAACCCAGGGAGGUUUUAGUGCCGCUAAUUCUACCUCUCCUUUACCAGAUAUGUGAUGCAAAGAAAGCUUCAAUUAUGUUCAUUUGUGUGCUUAAAGGAGUGUUGAGAACAAUCAUCUUUUAAAAUGCUUGUUUUCACAUGUGCCUCUCUAGACAGCUGUAACUGUAACACUUUAUUGUGUAAAUUUCAGGCUGUGGCAUACAUGAAUUUCACUAGCUCACAGGAGAAACUUUCAAGAAACUUACCUGUUUCUUGCUGUAAAACACAGUGGUGAGGCAUCAGACCUUGGAAGAGCUUGAUCAAAGAGGGUCUCCAUAAAGUCCUAGCCAAAUCUAUUUUUUUUUUUAGCUCUCUGUCUCCUUAGUUACUUUGUGUUUUGGUUUGGUUCUGUUUUUUUUUAAUAAAUAAGACAUGGGAAUGGUUUUAUAAACAAAACAGAUACAGAAACUGAAUUAGCUAGGCUGCUAGUUGAAAACGUGUGAGAGGAGACCAGGAGGAUGACUAUCAUGACAGAGAUUUGGUCUCCAAACCACAUGAUCUGGCCAUCAAAAUAAAACCAAGCAUUAGGUUAAACCUAAUCAUAGCAAUGCAUUCUGCAGUUUCAGAGGCUGGCAUGUCUCUGCCAUCUCCAUAGAAUGAAAGUGUAGAGGUGUUUCAAAACUGACAAAAAGGCAGAACACUAAAUAGUUACCAUAACCAGUAACAACUGCCUGUGUGUGCCUCCUGGAAGAGUGAACUGUGAAGAAGUAAAAAACAGACCAGUCUGCAGGCCUGGCAGAGUGCAAGGUGUCUCUGAAAGAACAGAAAGUGCACAUUGGAUUCAGCUAUUGAGCCUUGGAAAUAGCUAAGCUAUGAGUGAAAAGACAGUCAGUGCAAAGAGCUGACGUCCAUUUGUGACCAGGAAUCAGCACAAGGGGAGUGUCAUAGCCUAUUACUCCGAACAUUAAACCAACACAUGAAAGGAAGCAGUUAUGCCUUUUUUGAUUGAUUGCUGGGGGAGGCUAAAUCCUAAUAGUAAUAACUGUUUUUCAUAAUUCUUUUUUAGAGUAUUUCUUUUCACUAGUGUAGAUUUGGCUUAAUGUGUCUAUCUCCUAAGAUGAUUGUUAGUUUGUGCUGCUAUAUGCUUUUAAUUGAAAGCAGAUGAUGUCAUGGACAGUGUGUAUGGGUAGUGGUUUGGGGUUUUUUUAUAGAGCAGUUUCUCAAUGCAGAGGAGCAAUCAGUAUUGUAUGGUGAUUCAAAUGAAAAAAAAACCCCUCUGUAGUGGAACAGCUGACCAUGAAGAAUAACUGUGCUUUUCUGUUGGCUGUGUAUUGCUAGAAGCAAAAUCAAACUGUAGUUUGAGAGUACUAGCAAUUUUUAAUUUGGAGACUGGAAAUCAGGGCAGCUGCAGAGAACGAACAGAGCUCACAGGGAGCAGUUCAGGACCAUUCACAGUGUUCACAUGGUGAAUCAGUUACACACAAGCAUCACAUACUCAGGUUUCCCAGUGUGCUGCUCUUCCUACUCAGUAAAGACAACAACAUUUUAAAUUGCUUCAUUUCUUAGGGAUUAAGUAAGGAAAAGCUCCACAAAUGCAUGGUCUGCCUCGAUGUUUAUGCUAUAAACUCCCUCUUACCAAAUUAUUCAUCUCUUAUUUUUCUUUUUUUUUUUUAACUUUUGACUAUACAUUUUUUUUGCCUAGUGUUCUGACUUCCAGGAUGUAGGGCAGAAAGGUCCUGUUAACAGCAAUGGCUUCAGUAACAGAAGAGUGGGGCAGAUGUGGGAGAGACACAGGCUUGUGCAGUAUCUGUAGCAUCAUUGUUGCUUAAUGCUGAUGAGCCAGUAAGCAGUUGUCAAUCCAGCACUUGAAAGUUCAGCUGCUUCACCUCUGUGGUUUCCUCUGAGCCUAUCCAGUGCUGCCUUUCAAAUGCCUAUCUCAGACUUCAGCAGUGAAUUCAGAUGUGUAGGGAGAGGUGGUGUGCUAAUGUUGUGAUCAGGUGAAGCCACCCCUAGGUGCAUGGAGCAGUAGGGAUGAAUGACAAGGACUGUCAGGGAACAGACUUACUUUCUGAGCCCAGGUACCAUGUUAAACCAGUGAAGCAUCUUUAGGAAUGUCUUUAAACCAAAUACUCUUUCAAAGCAUGGUGCUUUUAGCCUCUAAAUCCUUUGAUAACAAUUGUAAGCUUCAGAGGGGAUCAGGCUCCUUGUACUAGUGCCUUCUAGCUUCCUGAUGAGCCUCUACGGACAAAUUUUUUUUGAAAAUUAUCUUAGGAAUCUUAAAGUUUAAACUGCAUUUCCUUACCAUCAUUUUGUGAAAGAUCUUAUCCUUUAUUGAACAUUUAUUUUGCUUUAGUUCUUUUGGCUUUUUACUUUGGUUUGUAGAAGAGUUGAAAGUGAAGCUUUUAAAAAACUAAAUUAAAAAAAGAACAAAACAAAAACCAAAACUCAGCAACUUCCAGAAGGGAUAUGACCAGAAGGGAUUGUGUCCAAAUUACUAUUAUGCCUAACUCAGUGCUUCAGACCUCCAGGAUCAAUGUUCAGAGAGGCAGGGUAUUAAUGCCAAGCAGUUGCUUUCUGAAGAAAGUCAUUGGUUCUGCUGCUUUUUGUUUUUGAGCCAUGCCUGUCAUAUGUGACAAUUUAAGUUUUGUAAUGGGUUUUUGUACUGAUCACUGUAUGCAUGGAACAUUAGUCACAUUUGAUGUAUCACUGUGCACUCUCCUAUUUGACACAUUCACUGUUUUUGUUUUUCUGGCAUGCACAGAGAUCUGGGAUCUCGGGUUUGUGUGUUAGAUUUUUGGUAGAUCUGCAUUUGAUAUACCUCACAGAACUACUAGUUAAUAUAUCGACAAAACAGUAAGCUAAUAUUACAGGCAGGCAGUGAAUUACCUCCCCUGCUAAGCAGUGGCUGUAUAGGCAGACCAAGAACCUGAUAACUGAGAUUUGCUGUGGUAGCUUCUUUAUUAUCUCUAGUUGCUGCUUUCAUGGGUAAACCAUUUCCAAAGGGAACCAGUAUCUGUGUUGUCUGUCAUGGCUCAAUUGGCAGAUGCGCUGUGUUUCUUCAUCUUCAGGUGGGGGACCAGAACUUUCCCGUGCCAGGAACGUGGCAGCAGCACACUCUGUUGACCUCCAGCUUUAGGCUGCUCUAAAGAGGCAUUUUCAAGCCACCUUUUUCGUUGCUGUUGAUAGGUUCAGCUGGGUAAAGCUUAGAGCUGUGGUGUUUUCUGUGACCAUGUCCUCCAGGACACUCAGUUGAACAUAAAUAGCAGCAAAAAUGUAAGCAACUGGGUGCAUUGGAGAGAGAAGGUGUUCAGACAUCACUGAAAAGGCAAUGAUCAAUUGCGUGCUCUAUUUUAAAAUAAAUAUUGCUUUGUAAAUACAAUACUUGUAUCCCUGCAAGUAGAUAAAAAAAUAGUAAAAUAAUUUGAAAUAUAUAAGAACAAUGUAACAUUUAGAGAAUGAGAUUGCUAACAGGGCUCUGUGUACCAUAAACCUAUGAAGAGCUUCCCAUGUAAAUAGCAUCUUCUGUUCUGCCACAGACUUUGAUGAAGGCUUCGGUGUAAAUGACAUUUAAUAUUUAUAACACCAAGUUCUAACUCUUUAUGCACACAUGUGCUUACAUUAUCAUGUGCCUAGGUGCAUAUGGCAGAGGAAGUCUGCUUGCAAUCGCUGAAGUGAUUUUUUUGGAGCCCUGUGUGUGAAUAUAUACCUUCUGAGACAGUUUUGUCUAGAGGAAGCAGCUGCCAUCUGUGCUCCUCCCAACACACUUCACACCACUUGUGGUGCUGUGCAUUUAAUGGUGCUCUGCAUGGCUGAUGCUCAGAGAUGCUGUUCACAGUUUGCAAAAUUUGUUGGUUUUUUUCCUUGCCUUUUCCUUAGCCAGCCUGGAAACACGGUCCCAGACCCCAGAUGCUAGAUAAGGAUUCAGAAAUGUUAGUGUUUAAUUUCCUUAUGUUUAAGACUGUCCUAAAUAUCUCAUUAGGAGCUGGAAAACAGUUUCUUCAACCACAAUUUUCUUUCCCCUCCCCCAUUUAUAUAACUCUGGAUUUUCCCCAGUGUUUUUAAGAUAGCCAGUGUUUGUUUCCUUUUUGCAUGUUAUACAAACAAACCUCAGAUGAUAUUGGCAGGCUUUCUGUAACUUUACAAGUUGUCCCAGGGUGCGUGACAAUACUUCUCCCUCACAAAACAUCUAUUAAUUCCUUCUGCUUUUACAACUAAAAAAAAUGCCUCCAGAGGUAUUUUGCAUUUUGGAGGGCAGGGGCUCAGCUUCCCCAUGCGGGUGAGCUGGUCUAAUGACAGGGUGUUUCAUGAGAGGAUGGCGUUAAUCCCUCUCCAGUCUCACCCUCUUCUUGCAACAGCACUGCUCAGGUGACUUUGUGGUGCAGCAGAGCAGAUGAAAUCCUUGGUUUUUAAUAUGAUACCUAACAAAAUCUCUAGGACAGUCCCAAAUCUGCACUUUGACUGAAAGCAAGCUUCAGUGGAGGUGUAUGCACAGCUUCCGCUGGAAGGCUCAAUACCUUUGCAACUCAUUUGGUCUCAUAUUGUGCAAAAGGUAGUGAGUAAAACUAACCCAGAGACAAAGCAAGAAAUGAAGUGUUCUCAUUUUCAUUACUUGGAUUAAGAAAAAUUAAAAAAUAAAUAGCUUGAGAAGGGCAAAAUAAAAUAGAAAGGUCACUCUCUUUAGUAGUAAUACAAUUUAAAAAGAAUCCUUGAACAUCAUUUUGUCAAUGUUUUCUUAAUGUGGUUCAAGAAUGGCUUUGGAUGAACAUUUUAUGUUUCAUAGCAUGUCAAAAGUUUGUAAAGCUGGGGAUAACAAAAAGAGAAGACAACUGAAACAACUCAUGUCUGAAAUCCUACUUGAAGGUAACACUAAUUUGAACUUUGAGCCUGUUGUGGUGCACAAAACAUCAGAACUGGUGUAAUCAUACAGGUCACCUGAAAAAAACACACAACAUUGUACUAUAAUGCUGUAACUUUAAAACAUAUACUGUGAACAGGUUCAAUGUUUUUUUAGCUCUUUUUAUACCGUAUUUUUUACAGCAUAAAUAAUUUGCUUAGAGAUGUUUAUGUUCUGUUUUUAUGAAAAUUUUAAUGGACUUUUGUUUAAUACUAGUGAAAAUAUUGUUUGCCAAUUUCAAAUAGUCAUCUAUAGAAGUUAAUUCUGAAAACAAAUCAAUAGACUGAGCUGAAAAAAAUAGUCUUCAUAACACACUAAAUCUAAUAAGUCAUUCAACACAUUUUUGUUGCUGAAUGAUACUGAAAUCUUCCAGCUUCCAUGUCUGCUAUUGAAAAAUUACUUCUUUCACAAUUUUAGCAAAAUCAUCACAUGGCACUUUAAUGAAGCUGUAGCAUGUCAAGUAAAAUACUGUUUCAACAAAGUGUAUCAAUAUAAAAAUUUAUCAGCUAAGCAGUUAAACAAAUGCAUGCUUAAAAAAGGAAGCAUGGGAUCAUGUUGGGGAUAUAAUAUUUCAGUGUGGCAGUUGACAUUUAAGACUAACCUAACACUAAGAUACAACUCUGCAUAUAUUUUAAACCUAGUUUGCUUGCUUGUUGUAACUCCUGUUGUAUUGCUUGGGUGUCUAAAAGUAAGCAUGUGUUUAACAAUUUUGCCAUAGUAUUGCCAUGAAAUUUAAUAAAUAUAUUUUCUUACACUCUUA